AUGACUAUCAUACAUUCAUCUGGAGUGUUCACGCACAAUAUGGCAUGGUGUCAUUGCCCUGGAUCAAAUCCUCAGCACCUGCAACUCCUAAGAGCAGGACUAUUUCCUGCCAGCUCCACACAGCCCAGGACUGUUUUCACCUUCAAAGUACUGGAUCAUUUUCUCAUUGAUGCCUUGGAAUGCAAGACUUUGGCCAGGAGCUUCUUUGAGAAGCUCACACGGCUAACCAAUAAUGCAUUUCUGGAUACUGUUCCAGAUCGUUAUCAUGAACUCAUGAGAGUAUCUUGCCUGUGGCAGGACUUGAAGAACCAGAAAUGGUUUGGAUUUGGCCAUGAUAUGGAUUCAGGCCCUGGCCCAGGAGAUCUUGCUAUCUUCUGCCCUUCAUGUCCACAGCCAGGAAUAAACAUGCCUCUUUGUUGGGAAGAGAAGUGGCUUGUCAUGAAGAGAUUUGUGGUAGACGGAAACUUUACUGCUCAUCAUAUGAAUAUGAGACAGCCCAAACUAGACAUUUUCCUCUCAGAUGGUUUAGGUUAUAUAGUCACAGAGAGAGAAUAUCAAGCUCAUUUGGCCUCAGCUACAGAGAGUAAAGAGAGGUCUGCUUGUAGUAACCAUCGAGCAGUCAAUGCAGCAAACACAAACCGAAGUAAUCUCCGAGCCACAGGGGUGGGCACCACAGCUUGUGCUCGCCAUGGUUGUUUUGUUCCCCAUUGCAUAGUAGACUUUCAAAAGGGUGAAUGGCAAGUCUUCUUGCACUUACUUUGGACCAAAUGA